AUGGAAACCGAAUUAGCAGGUAAAUUGAUACUGGACAGUAUGAACACUACCGAAGAUCCAUGCACUGAUUUCUAUGCCUACGUGUGUGGAAACUGGAAAAACUCCCACCAGAUUGCUGACGACAAGGAUAUCCUAGGACAUCAUCAAAUCAUUACUGAAAAAGCGGAGGAGGACAUAAAACAUAUUUUAUUGAACGCCACGACUAAGGAAGAUGAGCCGCAGAAUGCAACUGAUAAGGCUAUUCGCGCCUAUAGAGUCUGUGUCUGCGAAACUGUGGACGAGAGAAAAGAACUUGAGGACCUGAUGCAAUUACUUAAGGAGAAAGGUCUUACCAAGUGGCCAAUACUGAAAGAGGAAGCUGUGCCUUAUACUAACUACAAUGAGCUACUCAAUAAAACAGGUUUUUCGGCUCUCAUUCCUUUUGAAAUAAAACGGGACGCUAAAAGAACUGAUUACUAUGCGAUAUACCUCAACCGAGUUGAGUUUAGAUGGCUUAAACAAACCCAGCUGAUUUACCAAACUGAAGACGCCAACAAAAAAGUAGUACAGGCCUACAAAGAGCUUAUUAAGAAGUCUGUUAAGCUCUUCAGAAACGACACAGAUUGCAAGGAGAAUGAGACAGAGGAAGUUUCUGAAGAAAUUUUGCAGUUCGAGGCCACACUCGCAAAGCUCAGCGUAUCAAGCGACAUAGUCGGUAACUUGUCAUCACUCGUCAACGAAGCGGACAUCUCCAUUUUGUCCGAAAAGUCUCCAGGGAUUAAAUGGCUGCAAAUACUCAAUAAUAUGUUUUCAGACGCCAAUAUAACCCUUGACAACUGUGAACGAGUAAUUUUGUCGCAUCCACCCUAUAUUUAUGGUAUCGAGAAAAUUCUGAAGAACACAAGUUUACCUACGCUGUAUAAUUAUUUAUACUGGACACAAAUUCGGAGGCAUGGAUCUGCGUCGUCCAGGAAGUUUGGUCAGUUAGUUGUUGACUUUGACAAAGAGGCAUUUGGAGUACAAGCAGUCGUUCCGCUUUGGAAGACGUGCCUCUCAAAAAUAUCAGGCGUAAUGAAACAUGCAAUAAUUCGUCUUUAUGUGGACAACAUUUUUGAGCCCAACGCUAAACACACUGUGGAGCACUAUGUGGAUGUCGUGAACAGUACUUUUGGAGAAAUGCUUGAAAAUAAUACAUGGCUGGAUAACAAUACUCGUGAGGAGGCAUUAAAAAAGCUUCAAAAAAUGAUUCAUAAAAUCGGUUAUCCUUAUGGGACGCUCAAUGACACGUAUCUUAAUCAACUUUAUGAAUACGUGCCUAACAUUUCCUUGAACAACUCAUUUGUGAAGGUAUUUCACAGUCUGCUGCAAAAUAACUUCAUUAAAUACCUUCAAAAUUUACAUCAACCAUAUAAGAGGGAAGAUCCGUGGCAACCUGGUGCGGCAGAAGUGGGCGCGUAUUACAAUGGACUGGUAAACGAUAUCGCUUUCUCUGCUUUAUUUCUUCAGCCGCCAUUUCUUCAAGACAAUAUUCCUUCAUCAAUCAAUAUGGCAGCAAUUGGAGCGGUUAUAGGCCAUGAAAUGGGUCAUGCUUUUGAUAACACCGGAAUGCAAUAUGAUGCUGAUGGAAAUCUGAGGAACUGGUGGACACCCGCCGUACAACAAGAGUUCAUAAAUAGAGCUGUUUGCCUUGUACAGCUGUACAACGUAACUGUAAAAGAAGUCAACAUGACUCUAAACGGACUUCUUACUCUAGGUGAAAAUAUUGCUGAUAACUCUGGUUUAAAAGCAGCCUAUCUGGCAUGGAAAAACUUCAAUGAUACCGAACAACUCAUUCCUGGUCUAGAACACUUAACGGGAGACCAGCUGUUCUUUGUUUCGUAUGCCCAUAUCUGGUGCCAGGACAUUAAGGAAGGAAGGCUGCGAUAUGAUAUCGUUAAUGACGUCCACAGUCCUGCCAAAUACCGAGUGAAUCUUCCAAUGGGAAAUUCUCAAGCUUUUGUGGAUGCAUUCCGUUGCAACGAGUCUUCACCCAUGAACAUUAAAAAUAAGUGCUAUCUUUGGUGA